AUGAAGCGUAAACAUGAAGACAGGUCAUCAAGUGACAAAAAUACUGAGCAAGGAACCCAGGAGGCAGAAGGGCAUGUGAAAGGAGAAUCUUCAAUAAGGCCUGGGCCCAGUGAGGUGAUCAAGGCUAAGGACCAGCAAGAAAAUGAGAAUUCUUCUAUCUGCUAUUCAUUUACCUCUUCUUUCUGUUGUUCUGCUUCAGUAUCCAAAACUGAUAAUAAAGGGUGCCUCUACUACGUCCAGGUGAAAACCAUAAAAGGAGUGGCUGUUGCCUGGGGGACUGAGACUGGAAUGGAGCCAAUCCAGAAGGCACCUCAAAUUUAUGAGUUGAACCCUUCUGAAGACAGCAUACUAGAGUCUCCUCACCAAAGCUUACCCAGUGAAGUUCUCAUGGCUGUGGAGAAAAAUGUGGAUGAGAUGAGUGAAGAAUAUAAAGAGGAGGAAGUACCAGGACCUUCAAGCCUUAUUGAUGAAAGAAGACGGAGAAAGAUCCCUGAUUGGAUGGUCACAACAGACAAUGGUUAUCGUUGUGUGGCCUGCUGCCAGGUAUUCCUCACCCUGGAGGCCCUCGGCAAACAUGCUGAAUCUGGGCCCAACGAGGGAUUUAGCUGCCAUGUUUUUACUAGAAAAGUCCAUGAAAGACAAAGAACCCAGAAAAUUUUGCUCCUAGGCAAAGAUAGACGUUUAACCCCAACCCCCAAAGAACAAAGUAAGCUAUGUGAAGGAAAAGGCCGAUGUGCACACACCUCCCAUGGUACUCAGAGCAUAGAUUUGCACCAUGACAAGGAUAUAGAAUGA